GGAAGAAAAAAGGCUUCAGGGGAGUUAAAAAACAAACUGUUUUAAGGGCAAAAACGCGUGAUCAGACUGCAACCGUUGCUGUCACAUUUGUUGGCGAAGAGGAUGUUGUAAGUGAAAGAAUUCCUCUGCCCAAAACUCCAGCAUCUUCGCGGAAACUAGUGCCCAAGAACAAGAAUCAUCUGAUUCCAAGAGUUAUGAAUUUUAGGAAAAAGUAAAAGGCUAUCAGCUUGUUUCUAUGGACAGUUUGUUGAAGUUUGUUCGAAGGAUUCACUCGCGUGGACCAAGUGCUUCAGGCAAUGUUAAGCUCAUUGAGAGAAGCAUUGAGAGAUUUGGUAUCAGCAGCUCUUUGUUUGCUAAGUGCCAUGAGUGUGGCAUGGAGGAAUUCAUGGCUACAGGAGAGCAUGAUGGUGAUCAAGAGACCCCGAGAACCAUCCAGGGUAAAGAUAACAAUAGACGAGUAGUUUAUGCUGCUUUUGAGAUGGGAAUUGGUAGAGAAGGGGUGGCUAAGCUGUGUGAAAUCCUAAACAUGCCAUUCAGCAUUUCCAUAGACACUUGGUAUAACCAUGAGGAAAUUCUUCAUGCUGCACACUACAAAGUCACCAAGGAGCAGCUUAAAGCCAAUGGGAAUGAAGCAAAAAAAGUCGCAAUGGAUGGAGGAACCUCAAGAAAUGAUAACAGUUCUCUUGUUGAUAUCCCUGUCACCUUUGAUUGCACUUGGUCAAAGUGGGGUUUUACUGCUAAUCAUUGUGCUGGCUUAGCCUGCAAAGACAAGCCUCAUCAUCUGGAUGCUGUCUUCAAAGAGCCAUUGCUAAAGAUUUAUGAAAGAUUAAGUGAGUCAGUAUAG